AUGAGUGUGUCUGGCAGAUGGAAACUAGACACACUUGCACAUCAGUGAAGGUCUGAGUGAACAUAAAAAAGAGAAGUGAAAGUCCUGAUACAGUCUUAACAGCCACUGCAGAAUUAAUGCAACAGCAUUAUUUAGAUGGAACAAAAAAAUACCGUCAAAAUCCUGAAUGUGUGUAACAAGAUGUCAUGUUUAUCAGCCUCACUAAUGCAGUACACAGUAGUUUGUUACUGAAAACAUCUUGUUAAAGGUGUAAUUAUGGUAAAAUUUUACAUUUUUAUGAACCGUUUAAAAUGUCAACUGGAUUAUGAUUUGGGGCUUCAUUCAGUAUAGAUAUGGAACAACAUAGUGUAUAAAAAUGUGAACAAGGUAGGAACAUUUUUAUCCUUUUGAAUGUGUUGUAGCAAUGAAUAAUGGACAGAUAAAUAAUGAAACCUCCAGCUAAUUUGUAUUGCAAUUUCUAUAAAGUUGGUGGACAAAAAAACUGGUCAAAAUCUUUGGGCCAGAUCCAGAUCCAAGUCCCUUGUAUGGGUCCAGUAAAAAUAUGAAAACCCUCUCAGUGCUGUGUGAGUUCAGGAGGGAGCAGUGGGUACGCUGACCCCACUCCGGUAACACACGGACCAGCAGCCUAUGUCCUCUCUGUCAGAGUGUGAUAGAUGGCCUCUGGCAGUCCGUCCAGUCCAGUAUUAACACAUGCCACCGGUGCGUAACGGAGAGUGCUCAGAGAGGCCAUGCAGCGCCAUUCCUCUGCAGGAACAGUUUGUAAACUGCAACAUGUCCCCAAAUAUUACUCCAUUUUAUUUGGAAUUCAGAGGCUGUAUGUUCGGAACUAAAUGAAAAAUUUGGAAAGCACGGGAAAAGAUGAGGUAUGGUCAUCAUAGCAGAAAAUGAAAUUUGAUUCAGAACAAUAAAUAACUGAUGAAGGAAAAAUGAGUCUAUAUCAUCCCUCUGCUGAAUUUCUUUGCAGUUGCACUGAGAAUAACUUGGCUGCAAUGUCCAGCGCGUAAAGGAGGAGACCGUAAGGACACACUGUUUUAUAUUUAGACAACCAGAGACACAGCGAUAACAUUUCAGACUGUGGUCAGGAUCUGGGCAACUUCACACCAGGCUAAAGGCGAGAGCCAGAUGUAAAAGAAUAAUUGAAUUUCUGGAUGAUUUUACCCCCCCCCCCACACACACACACACACUCCUCCCUCUCUCCACAUCUCCUCCCCUCUCUCGGGGAUCUAGUCGGAUCCAGUCUGGGGGGAAGCGGGCUUCUUGGUGCGAGAUAAUCGGCAGAUGAUGUGAGUUAAUGAGGCGGAGAUGCGGGUGGACAAACUCAGACGCGCUCCUCUCCAGCGACGACAGGUACGCAACAAGUGAGCGACGGGAGGACGAGACGGAGGAGAAGACAGAAUAAAGGAAGUAACGGGAGGGAGAGGUGGAAAGUGAGAGAUAAGGCACAUAACACUCUCCGGGUUCUCGCUAUGGAAACGGGGCAGAGCGCGCAGGUCGCCGACAUGGGAGGAGAGCACUCCGCCGGGGUGAGCGUGGUGGAACGAGACAGGGACCGGGAGAGAGGCGAGGUUUCCAGCCCCAGUCCACCGUUCAAGCAGCGUUCUCUGCGGGUCGUGUACGUGCUGAACGACGGGUUGAAGUCGGUGAUGGCCAGCAGCCCGGAGUCCGGGGCGCUGCAGUGUCUGCAGAGAGCCUGCGACUCGGAGAGCGCCCUGCUCACCACCGUCACUUUCGGAAGGCUGGACUUUGGAGAAACAUCGGUGCUGGACAGUUUCUACGAUGCAGACAUCGCGGUUGUGGAUAUGAGCGAUGUGUGUCGGCAGCCCUCCUUGUUUUACCACCUGGGCGUGAGGGAGAGCUUCGACAUGGCCAACAAUGUCAUCCUGUACCAUGACACUGACCCUGACACUGCCCAGUCACUGAAGGACAUGGUGGCGCAGAAAAACACAGCUGCUCGUACUCCAGCAUUAGGUUUUCCCUGGGUUCAGUUGCCUCCAGAGUACAGAGGCUCUGGAUUGCGCAACAAAGCAUCCAGUGGCAACUAUUAUUUCAUCCCCUACAUAGUGACUCCUAACCAUGAGUAUAUGUGCUGUGAGAGUGACGCCCAGCGCAGGGCCAGUGAGUACAUGCAGCCCAGCUGGGACAACCUGCUGGGGCCGCUCUGCGUUCCCCUGACUGACCGCUUUACCAGCCUGCUGAAGGACAUUCAUGUCACAUCGUGCGCUUCCUAUAAGGACACCCUGCUGAACGACAUCAGAAAAGCCAGGGAGAAAUAUCAGGGAGAGGAGCUAGCCAAGGAGCUUUCCCGCAUCAAACUCAGGAUCGACAACACAGAGGUCCUCACACAGGACAUUGUCAUGAACCUGCUAUUUUCCUACAGAGACAUACAGGACUAUGAUGCCAUGGUGAAGCUGGUGCAAACCCUGGAAAUGCUGCCGACUUGUGAUCUGGCGACCCAGCCCAUGAUUCAGUUCCACUACGCCUUCGCUCUCAACAGGAGAAACAGUCCUGGUGACAGGGAACAGGCUCUGAGAGUGAUGCUGCAGGUGUUGCAGUCAUGUGAACAUCCAGCACCAGACAUGUUCUGCCUCUGUGGACGGAUAUACAAAGACAUUUUUCUGGACUCAGACUGCAAAGAUACAAAAAACAGAGACAAUGCUAUACAGUGGUACAGGAAGGGUUUUGAGCUGCAGCCCACUCUCUACUCUGGUAUCAAUCUGGCUGUGCUGCUCAUAGUUGCUGGUCAACAGUUUGAGAGUUCAAUUGAACUGAGGAAAAUAGGUGUCAGGUUGAACAGUCUGCUGGGACGCAAAGGUUCCUUGGAAAAAAUGAAUAACUACUGGGAUGUGGGCCAGUUCUUCACCGUUAGCAUGCUAGCUAACGACAUCCCCAAAGCUACUCAGGCUGCUGAGAAGCUGUUCAAACUGAAGCCUCCUCUCUGGUAUUUGAGGUCCGUGGUGCAGAACCUGCAGCUGAUCCAGAGGUUUAAGAAGCAGUCAAUGGAGCAUUCUCCUCAGCGGGAGAGGCUCAACUUCUGGAUGGACAUCAUUGUGGAGGCCACACAGCGCACCACCAAUCGACUGCGGUUUCCAGUGUUGAUUCUGGAGCCGACGAAGGUUUAUCAGCCCUCCUAUGUGUCUAUUAACAAUGAGGCAGAGGAGAAAAAUGUCUCUAUCUGGCAUGUUUCUCCUGCAGAAACAAAAGGGAUCCAUGAGUGGAACUUCACUGCUAUGUCCAUAAAGGGCAUUAGUAUCAGUAAGUUUGACGAGCGUUGCUGCUUCCUCUACGUCCACGAUAACUCAGACGACUUCCAGAUCUACUUCUCCACUGAGGAGCAGUGCGGUCGGUUCUGCUCCAUGGUGAAAGAGAUGAUAUCUGAUGGGACAGGAAAUGCUGUGGAGCUGGAAGGGGAGGGAGAUGGAGAUACACUGGAGUAUGAGUAUGACACCAAUGAGACAGGGGACAGGGUGGUGUUAGGCCGAGGAACUUAUGGAGUGGUGUAUGCUGGGAGAGACCUCAGCAACCAGGUCCGAAUCGCCAUCAAAGAGAUCCCUGAGAGAGACAGCAGGUACUCACAGCCCCUUCAUGAAGAGAUCGCCCUGCACAAGUACCUAAAGCACAGGAACAUUGUUCAGUACCUGGGUUCCGUUUCUGAGAAUGGAUACAUCAAGAUCUUCAUGGAACAAGUGCCUGGAGGAAGCCUGUCUGCAUUGCUGCGGUCAAAAUGGGGUCCGCUGAAAGAAGCGACUAUAAUCUUCUACACCAGGCAGAUCCUGGAGGGACUCCGAUACCUGCAUGAGAACCAGAUCGUCCACCGAGAUAUCAAGGGUGAUAAUGUCUUGGUGAACACCUACAGUGGUGUCUUGAAGAUCUCAGACUUUGGUACCUCUAAGCGUUUGGCAGGAGUCAACCCCUGUACAGAAACAUUCACUGGUACUCUGCAGUACAUGGCGCCAGAAAUCAUCGAUAAGGGCCCUCGAGGGUACGGGGCCCCGGCUGACAUCUGGUCACUGGGAUGUACCAUCAUAGAAAUGGCCACUGGGAAACCCCCCUUUCAUGAGCUGGGGGAACCACAGGCAGCCAUGUUUAAGGUGGGCAUGUUUAAGAUCCAUCCAGAGAUCCCUGAGUCUUUGUCACUGGAGGCCAAGUCAUUCAUCCUGCGCUGCUUUGAGCCCGACCCUCAUAAAAGAGCUAUCGCCUCAGACCUGCUCAGAGACACUUUUGUCCGGCACAACACCAAGGGCAAGAAGAGCAAGAUCGCCUUUAAACCAUCAGACUACAUCCACAACGUUUCCCUGCCGGUGCAGUUGCAGUGCGAGGCCACCGGGAGCAGCAGCAGUGAACAUGGCUCUGUGAGCCCAGACUGCGACUCCAAACACGACGUUUUCUUCCAGAAGAAGAAAAGCUCUGGCUCUGAGAACCUGCUCAAACCCCCCAACUCCAACUACCUGAGUGUGCCAGAUGAGGGUUCGGUGUCAGAGGACCGCAGUGCCCCCCCCUCCCCUGAGGACAGGGACAGCGGCCUGUUCCUGCUGAAGAAGGACAGCGAGAGACGGGCCAUUCUGUACAAGGUCCUCAAUGACGACCAGGAAAAGGUCAUCUCCAACCUCAAGGAGAACCACAUCCAGGGCAGUGAGGAGCUCCAGCUGUCUGUCGACCACAUCAAGCAGAUCAUCUGCAUCCUUCGAGACUUCAUCCAUUCCCCAGAGAGGCGGGUCAUGGCGGCCACCAUCUCCAAGCUCAAGCUGGACUUGGACUUCGACUCCACCUCCAUCAAUCAAAUUCAGCUGGUGCUCUUUGGCUUCCAGGACUCGGUGAACAAAGUCCUGAGGAAUCAUCACAUUAAACCCCAUUGGAUGUUUGCCAUGGAUAACAUCAUCCGCCGAGCUGUGCAGGCAGCCAUCACCAUCCUUAUACCAGAGCUACAGACCCAUUUUGGCCCAGCGUCAGAGUGUGAGGGAGCAGAGAAAGAGGACGAGGUGGAUGAGGAGGAAGCUGAGUUUGGCCCAGUUUUAGCUCCUCACACCGACGACUCAGGGACGACGGCUGACCCCACCCACUCUGCAGCCAGCGCGCUAAACUCCACCCACUCCCAGGAGCCCCAGCGCUUGCAUCAUCAGCUGGGUGCUCAGCUGGGACGACUCAAACAGGAGACAAACAGGCUGCUGGAGGAGUUGCUGCAGAGGGAGAAGGAGUACCAGCAGGUCCUGAAGGCCACGCUGCAGCAGAGAACACACGACCUGGAGCUGGUCAGGGUCAGACACAGACCACCAGACAUUUCACCUCCCUCCAUCUUCCACAUCCCAGCAGACCACGAGCCAGACAAGCAGCUCACUGAUUGGCUGAAAGAGCAGGGGGCAGAUGCUGACACCAUAGACAAGUUUGUGCUGGAGGAAUACACACUGACUGACAUUCUUAAUGACGUUACCAAAGAUGACCUUCACUGUCUACGUCUACGGGGUGGAGUACUCUGCCGCAUCUGGCGAGCCAUCCAGCGGCACAGAGAGCGAGAGAGGCUGAAGAGCGACGUGGGCUCAGUAGAUGAUGAAUGAUUGGGAAAAUGUGGACUACAACUCUGGAGGACUCUGUUUUGCAAAAACACGCACAUCCACACACUACCAGCCCUGCAUGACCACCUCUCUCUCUCCUCUCUUCCUCCACUGUGCCUUUUCAUGUUAUAGUCUCUGCGUCGUAUGUACAGAACUGACUGAGUCUUUAGUCGUCUGUGAAUCUCAGACUUGACCAAACCAAAGCGCUUUAGUGCAGGCACUACUUUAUGUAUCUUUAUGUGCACUUAAAUGUGUAUUUGCGCUGCUUCAUGUGCUUGUGCUUGAAGACUUUCUAAGAAAAAUGCAUCUUAGUAAACAAGGAAUCCUGCACUUCUUUCUUCAGUGUAUGAAAUGCCAGCUGUAGAUUUGACAGGUGACUGUAAAGGUUUCAUUCCUCAGAGAACACAGGUCACAGUCAUAAAAUAGUAGUCAUUAGCAAUUGCAUUGGUUCAGACCUGAUCACAACCUAUGUCAAGACAAACUGCCAAGCAUAUGACCAACUCUCUAUCUGUUGUAAAGCAUCAUCACAAAUUUUAUUUGCCUAAAACCUGCCAAACCACCAUGACCUUAAGACUGAUUUAUCUCUCAAUCUCCCUUUUGGGUCUUUCCCCUUGUUUAUCUAAAAUAAGACAAAUUCCUCAAACAGCACACACUAUUUACUGCGCUAGUCUGUCAGCUAAAGUCUAAUGCCUUAAGUUUUGUAAAGUAAAGGUAAUGUAGUUACACUCAGAUGAUUUACUGAAAUAUGCAUACAUCAUGACUGCCUGCCCAUAAUAGAUUUCCCUUAUAUUCUCAUUGUAGCUGUUUUUUCCUCCUCUGUGUACCUGUAUUUAAAUGUUUUCUUUCUUUAUUCCAGCUAUUGUAUGUAUGAAUGUCUCUGCUUUUCUGUUUCCUGUUUACUUUACAACUGCAAUAAACCUGAAUAUAAUGUA